UAUUAUUAGGGGGUGCACUACAAUUCCAGUUUCCUACUGGGGCAGUCGGUUUUUUGACUCCUGCAGGAACGAGUACGAAAUUGGGGAAGGUUGUCGAAUUGUUCAGCAUCAGCAAUCAAAUUUGCUAAAUUUCCUUGUGUACGCGUGCAUGUCCCUAGAAACUCAGUAAUAUGGCAACGUGGGGUUCGUUGAAAGUGGGCGGUCCCUCCACCACGACCACCACCUGCAGCAGCAAUACGCGCCUUACGCGAACCCCCAGCAAAGGUGGAGUCGCAGGGUUGUUCAGUGACACGCUAACGGCUGCCCUGGGAAAGCGGAAGAACCGUUUCAAGGAAAUCACCGAGGAGCUCAAUCAACGGAUCAACAAGGAGGAAAAGGAUGAGCCCUAUCAGAAGCCACUGUUCAAUACCGAAAAGAUAAAACGCAUCAUGGAACGCGUCAUCGAGAAGCAGUUUGAUGUGGAUGAAGAAGAGAUGCGUUACAUUUACGAUCCAUCCAAGAACUUGCAGAUGUGUCAGAACAUAGCCAAGAUGAUCAAGGAUCGGAUUAAGCACAUGAACUAUAAACGACAUCGCAUCAUCAGUUUGGCUACCAUUGUCGAGAAGCAGCAGCAGGGGGUGCACUACAAGAUGAAGUACAUCUUGGAUCCCAAGAUGGAUGACUACAUUCGGCACUACCACGAGACGCCCCAUUUCUAUGUGAUUGCAACUGUGAUUCUGGUGCACAAGGAUUAGAUUUAUUAGUGAUUCCAUUAUUAGAAUGUUAAGCGUUAUUACAGAAAGUGCUGAACAUGCUAGAAACAAGGUGAAGUUAGUCGUCUUUGAAAUUUGUUCGCGCCAUUGAUAAUUGAUGUCAAUUCAUCUCACUAUUUCGAAUUAA